CAUGGUCACACUGCGUACCUAUAAGACAACACAAAAAAGGAAAAUAAUGCAAAUUUAUUAGAAACUUAUAGAAGAUACCAACAUAUUAACGCUGGGUUUAGAGUCGCAAUUAAACCAGCUGCAAAAUAAAAAUGGAAGUUUAGCGGACAAAAGCAGAUCCAAUAUGCUUCGUUUGGGAAUACCAAAAUAACGUUAAUUGGAUUCAAAAACAAUUGCGUUGCGUUACAGCACCAGCAACAACAACAACAACAAUAACACAAGGAGUGAAUAAGAAUGUCCACCAGUGACACAUCAACCGAUGUGACCUCCCAAAACGAUAGCGAUGAGGCAUUUAGUAUAUAUCACAAGGGCAAGCCCCUGAAAUUGCAUUGGCAUGGCCUGCCCCCAUUGACUCGCACACCUGCCUUAAGACUUUGCUGGAUUGGUGGACUGGAUGGAGUAGAUGCUGACAUUUCUGGGACCAAUGAAGAUGGAACACUUGUCUUGCUUACAGCGGAUCAUUCAUUGUAUACGGGACGCAGAAAGGGUUCAGUUUUGGAAUUGCAACUGAUACGCACAGACAUUGAGGAUGUGGACUAUUGCCGUGGCAGUCAAGAGUUAUUUGUGGUUCUCGCCAAUGGCGGAGUGCAGCGACAAUUCAUUGUCCAAACAGUGUCGUCAGCCUGGCAAACCCUUACCUUUGAUCCCCUGGAACUCUUGGCAGAAGGUGUGCGGAUACGUCGGGUCUGUUGCUCAGCCCAGGGUGUGGUCUUUGUCAGCUCCAGCGGUGAUACCUAUGUGAUGGGCAGCUGUGGUGAGGUAUUCAAAGCAGAAGCACAGCCACGUCAUAUAAGGCUAUAUGAGGAGGGCAAGGAACUACUGGAUCUGGUGGCUGGUGAUGAGCAUUUUGUGAUGUUAGUGGCACCAUAUAAUUUGGCCGACGAUGUCUUACAGCUGCAGGGCAAAGGUGAGGACUACGAUGAUGAUCGUGCCUCCAUUAAAUCCCUAAGUAGCAGUAAUUCGGAACGUAGCUCGGCGGCCAAUACCAGGCAUUUGCUUCAUCAGGGCUAUGCCUUGCUCAAUACGCAAAUCUUCACUUUUGGAUCGACAAACAAUGGCCUAUUGGGCACUGGUGAUCACAUUAAACGAGCGAAUGUUACGAGAUUACAGAAACUAGAGAGUAUGGGUGUCUGCAGCAUUGCAGCUGGCUUAGAGCACACUGUGGCAAGGACUCUGGAUGGCCGUCUCUACCAUUGGGGUCUUAAUUCGCAUGCACAGAUGGGCGGACAUGAGGAUGUUAGUUCACCUUUGGAGAUAACUAUAGCCGAACAGGCGACACCAUUACCAAAGGAACAGCAUACCGCCUUGGAGGCUACUUGUGGUGACUAUCAAACUCUGCUGCUGAAUGCAGCCGGACAGAUACAGUCGCUACAGCCACCACCUUUGAGUAGGCAUCAGCAGCAGUCGAGCACCUAUGCCCAGACUUUGCUGCAAUUGCAGCUAGGAGCUGCCUGGCCGCGUCAAUUGCGUCUUCUGCUCUGUAGCAGAGGUGGCUAUACCCUGCAGAAUUUGCGACAAUUUCAAUUGAAAUAUCACUAUUAUCUCUCGCAUCUGCAAUCACAGCUGCAGUUGCUCAUCAAGCAUCGGCAGGCGGUCAACACUUUGCACAUCUGGCAACGACAAUCCUCACUGGAGGCAUUAACAAAGCUUGGACCGUUGCUUUUGAAUUGGGAGCGGAUACUCUGUCUAUUGGUUGCCACAUUGCACUCACUAGAAGGCUUCUAUCGUGGUGAUUUUGAGCAAGCGGCGGACUUACUCUUCGUCUGCUAUUACAAGGAGUAUAUGGAACUCUUUGAGGGCUACAUUCGGUCCUAUUGUGAUGUCUUUGCUGUGAAUGGUUUCGCUCAGGCGGUGUCCUCGAUUGUUACUUUAAGCUCACCCCUGCCCGAGCUCAAUGAGGAGAGCUAUGUCAUACGUCUGUUCCAACAGCCAUUUAGCAUUUAUCAAUUGUUCAUACAAUUUAUGGAGCUAUUGAUUAAAUCACAAACGGAAUAUCAAGAACAUCGCUUGGCCUGGCUGGAAUUUGCUCGUCAGAGUUGUAUUAGUCAAGAGUUGGCAGUGAAUACGAGAGAUUUUUGGACUAGUAAUGAUCGUAAUCCGCGUAUCAAUCAAUUCCGUCGAAGGCAGCGUCGUGUCAUACUAACCUCUGCUCUGGUACCUUUAAAGCUAUAUAGCUCUCGCUAUACUAUAUCGAGUCAUAGUUUUAUACUCUUCUCCGAUUUUCUAUGCCAAGUGAAUGGCAAGGACCUGCACUCGUAUCCAUUGUCCACUCUGUGGGUGUGGUCAGACGGUGAAUUGGGUUUGCGAUUAACAACCCCGGAGAAGAGCUUUCUGGUACUUACACGUACCCAAGAGAUGCGAAAAGUGUGGCUCGAUCAGCUGCAAUCUAGUAUAGUAAGUGCCUUAGGCAGACCAAUAGGUAGUCCAGUGCCCAGUGCUCGUUCCACAGGCUAUGAAUAUAGUCGAGAUCAUCCGAAAUAUGCCAGGGUUAAGGCCUGCGGUACAUGGCGCAAGGGUGUACUUCAUGGUAAUUGCUAUCUAGAGUAUCCCGAUGGCACUGUCUACUGUGGUGAGGUGCAGUAUGGUGUGAUUGAGGGUUAUGGCAAAAUGGUUAUACCCUCAACUGGCCUUUAUGUGGGCCAUUUUAAAGGUGGCCGUUUCCAUGGUCGUGGUGUCUAUGAGUUACAUGGCCAGGGAGCACAUGAUAGCGAAAUCUAUGAGGGAAAUUUUUGCGAGGGACUCUAUCAUGGUCAUGGCAUGAUGAGAAACAAUCGUUACAUCUAUGUGGGAGAAUAUCUGACAAAUACACGUUCCGGUUAUGGUGUCAUGGAGGAUCUAAUCAGUGGUGAUAAAUAUAUGGGCAUGUUUCUGGAUAACAAACGUUCUGGCAUUGGUUGUUGUAUCACAAAUCGCGGCGAUUAUUUUGAGGGAAUCUUUGCCAACGAUGAUCUAACGGGCAAUGGUGUAGCCGUAUUCGAGAAUGAUUACUUUUACGAGGGUGAGCUAACACUGCAGGGUCCAAGCGGACGUGGCGAGUAUUAUAUGCCCACUGGCGAUGCUGGCAGUACAAUCCCAGGAAUGGGCAUUAGCAAUGGAGAGAAUAGCGAUGAGAACUAUGAAUUAAUUGGUAACAAAAUGUUUGGACAUCUCAGUGGCUCAUGGGAGACAGUGAGAAUACAAACUGGAGAAUUGGUCUUGAAUCGGCGAUUUCCCAAGUAUCCCAGCUCCCUGGGACGUCAAGAGGUGGACCAUAAUCGCAAAUGGCGUGCACUGUUUCAUAAUUUUGAAUCAGACUUGGCUAAUUGUACGGUUUCGACCAGUUCCAAUUCAUAUGCAGCAUCAUCCUCAUCAUUGGGCUCAUUGAAGAAGCCAGCAAAGAUUAAUUUGAGCACAGCUCAAUGGUGGAGCUGCAUUGCUGUCUAUAUGAACAAACAGCGGGCACGCGAAGGUACCAAGCCGGGCAAUUAUUUCAAUAAUAUAUUACUUAGUUUGCCGCUGAGGCAAAAAUCACCGUCACCAACACCAGCGAUGAAUAACAGCACAACCGCAACCACAAACAUGACCACCACCACCACCACAACAGACACCACUAAUAACACCACCACCACUAAGCAGUUAUCCGCAUCUGUAUUAGAUUUUCUGACAUCACCACCGCGUCGUAUACAUUCACAGGAGACGUUGAGCAGUCGUAAAGGUAGCAAUUUACAGCGUGCCGAUAGUUUACUCUCAAUGGGACAUAAUGGUUCUGUUGCGGACUUGGAUACAACAAGUUUGGUUAGCUUUCAACUUGAUCAGACUUUUUUGCAUAGUAGCUUCAAUGGUGAACCGGAUGGAUCAAGCAUCUCAACAACAACUACAACUAAUAACAACAACAACAAUAGCAUUUCAAAGCAUAUCAAUAAUAGUAAUUGUUCGAUUACCUCAACAACAACCACAUCAAGUGGUGGUGGUGGUGGUGGCAAUAGUGUUGGUGGUGCCAUAUUGGAGCAAGUGCCAAGUUUUGGUAUGGCUAGCACUCUAACCGAACAAGAUGUCACUUCGAUACGUUUAUAUCUCGAACAAGCCUUCAAGGAUCACUAUCAUCCGUUGUAUGCAUUAAAUGAGCGUAUUGCAAAUUGUUUCCAUUACUCAUAUGGCUAUUGGAAGGUGAAACCGACACCGAUAUUAGCCAAACAGGCAAUGCGUGAAUGGGAAUCAAUAUCGCGACGCAUUUAUCGUUUUAUUCGCAAAAUGUUUCCAGCCCUACCCGAAGAUUUUUGCCAUCUCGAUGGCAGUAGAGAGGUUAUCUCCCAUAUAACUCUGCUUUAUCCUCUAGUGCUAUCCGAGGGCAUUUACUCAACGCUCUUUGUGCUUUAUGCCAAUAAAUAUAGUCGCAAAGAUGAGAUAUAUAGACAAAAUUUGAAUUAUGCUGAGAAAUUGAAAGACGACGAGCUAGUUGAAUUGAUGAAUCAUGAUAGUUUUCUCAAUGCCGUAAUGUUGGAUCCACAUUUUGAUGAGUCUGUACAAAUGUUAAAGCAAUUGCAAGAGAAAUUUAGUCCCCAAGAUAUGUUGACUGUGAUACAGCGUAGCAUGCAGCUGCUUACCGAGGCCUAUGAGCAUGCCAUGGCAGCUAAUGCCGCUCAAUUAAAUGCCGAUAAUAUGAUACCACUCACCAUGUUAACCAUGCUACGAGCCGCUGUUCCCCAUUUGGGUGCUGAAUUGGCAUUAUUGGAUGAUUUGACCGGCGGACCAAAUUUCCAAGAUGAAAUGAAUGGCAUGGCUGGCUAUUGUUAUACUACACUUAAGGCUGCCUAUGAGCAUGUUACAAUGAAGACCCUGCAAAAGGCACCCUGAAGAGUUGGAAAUUCUGUUAUUUGUUAUAGCUUUUUAUGCAACGAUCAAUUUAAUCAUGCAUGUGGAUGUAUGUGUAAAUAAUUCUAAAUGUAUUCUCAAAAAAAAAACAAAAAAUCAGCGAAAUUAAACUUUGUGCAAAUGUCCUCAUAGAUAUAGAACCAAAAAAACAAAACUUGUUAUCGUAUAUACAUUUACGAUUUGUAUGUAUAUAUAUAUAUAAACAUUUUUUUCUCGACGAGUUUGCUCGAUAUAGUGUGCAUUCAUGUAUGUAUGUAUUUAUAUAACUGUUUCUUAUAUUAUUAUAAAUAUACAAUUAAUUAUAGCCUAUAUAGAAGUAUAAAUCUAUUGUAAAGGCCUAGCACUAAUACAUUACAUUCCCAAUAACCUCUACCAAAAAAAGAACAAAGAAAACAAAAAACACAAUAAAGGUAUCGAAAUUGUAACUUUAAA